AUGUAUGAGUGUGCAGUGGAAUCUUCGUAUGGCAAAUGGUCGAAAAGAAAUUAUUCCCGACAUGCUGCGACACAACAAAAAUCGUCACAGUGUAAUGGAGAAAGUGCUGCUAUUCUUAAUAAAAUUUGUUAUGAUACAGCGGAUCAUCAAUGUUCGUCGCCAUUGCCGCCAACAACAGGAUAUUGCGAGAGUCAAGUGAAGUUCACAGACAAUUGGCAACAAAUGUUUGAAGGAACGAAGAAAGUUCAAAUGACUUAUUAUCAAGAAGUAUUGAUUUGGGAGCAAGUGAAGUGA